CUUCUCGUGAAAAAUCCGGGUUACACAUAUCUUGCAAUCGAGAAUCCAUGCAGUAGCAGCCCAUGCUUAAACAAGGGCACCUGUCAAGCUGGAUUCACCAAUAAAGGUUUUCGUUGUGUCUGUCGGGAAAGGUUUUCUGGAGAAACCUGCCAAGUUAAAGUCAAAAGAAACUGCGCAGAAAUCUACAAAUCCGCGGCUAACCUUACUGACGGCGUGCAUACCAUUAAACCUGAUAAUUUGCCUGCCUUUGAUGUAUUCUGUGACCAGACAACGGACGGUGGAGGAUGGACUGUGUUCCAGAAGAGACUGGACGGCUCGGUUGAUUUCUACCGCUACUGGAACGACUACAAACGUGGCUUUGGUGACCUGUGUGGUGAGUUUUGGCUCGGACUGGACAAAAUUCACCGCUUGACCUCAGAUGAUAAUAACACGCUGCGUGUGGAUUUUGAAGACUUUGAAGGAAACACAGCUUAUGCUGAGUAUAACUUGUUUAGUGUUAUGAGUGGGAAAGACAAGUACAAGCUGAUCCUUGGUUCUUAUUCAGGAAAUUCUGGUGACUCUCUUACCAAGCAUCGCGAUAUGCCAUUCACCACUAGAGAUCAAGAUAAUGACAUUCAGAGGGAUCACAACUGCGCCAUUAAGUUCAAAGGAGCCUGGUGGUACAGGAAGUGUCACCGCUCAAAUCUCAAUGGCUUGUAUCUUCGUGGCAAUCACUCCUCUUAUGCUGAUGGAGUGAACUGGAAAGAAUGGAAGGGUUAUCAUUACUCCCUCAAGAGAACCGAGAUGAAAAUAAGACCAAAGGAUUUCUGA